AUGGCGGACGAUUUAGAGCGUCCUACCUCGAGCCAGCCGGGUCAAAGGACGGAUACUGACUUUCAAGAAACCUUUCAUGAAGGCCAUCAGAAUGAAGCCGCCUCAUUGGAUUCGAAGUACAAAGCUAUUUGGGAUGCAGAAAUGGGGACGGCAAAACGCAAGCCUUUUUCGUAUCGCAAGGUUGCAGUUCUUCUUCUCGCGUGGCACCCCGAUGUCGAUGAUUUGCAUACUAAAGAGGAGAUCGAUCGAGUUCAAAAUCUAUUCAAUGAUGUAUUCCAUUUCGAUAUCGUGAGGGAAACUUUAACGCAUGAUGACCGGCCAGCACAAGCUCAGGUCAAUUUCAUCCUUGCUCAAUUUGUGUUGCAGCAUGGCGACCCACAUGCUCUCUUGAUUGUCUAUUAUGCGGGUCAUGGCAGGCCCGGAGAGUCGAGCGGGGAUCUUCGACUUCCGGGUCGUCAGGAUUUAGUACCCAAAGAUAGUGCAGAUGUGCACGAGGUCAUCUGGAACUCGGCAGAACACAACAUCAGAGGGACCCAAUGCGACGUACUGGUCAUUUUUGAUUGUUGCCAUGCAGGCGAACUCGAAAAAAGUGUUCGGGGGAAGCUUGUACCACGAGCUUUUGAAUAUCUUGCUGCUACAUCGGCGAACUCGACCACUCGCAAGCCUGGCAAAGCAUCAUUUACAACAGCGUUGAUCUGGGCUUUCAAAGAGCUUGUUAAAAACAACAACAGCUUCACGACACAAGAUCUGGUCGCUAAGGUGCUUAAAGCUCCCGACUUUCCUCCAGAUCAGUCUCCUCGACUCUCGGAGCGUGGUCCAUCAUGCACCCGUAAAAUCGUACUAGCACCACUGAAGAAGGAGAUAGAUUUUCAAGAACCAGAAUCCGACGAAAACGAAGAAGAAAGCUUUAGUACUACGACCGAUCUCAGUCUACGAUUCGUCUUUAAAGAGAAGCCGACCGAAGGUGUUGUGAAGGAAUUGGCAUUUGGGUUACGUCAAUUCAUAAGCGACCAUGAAUAUUUGCAAGCAAGUACCAUACUAUGGGAGGGGCUGGACACUAUAGUUGGGCAUAAACAUCGAGAAGCGAUGAGUCACUUCUGGGCGCAUAAAUGGAUGAAGAUACAUCAACGAAAGAAGAGUGAAGGCACAUCAAUUUUCAGUCCAACAGCUUUGUCUACGCUGCUCGGUCCAGCUGUCGCAGAGAGGACCGCUAAACAGAGAACCUCUCUUUCAGUGAUUCCGGUUCCAAGACUGUCUUCUGCGGAUUUUGAAAGCGACUAUAUGCAAGAUCAAGGUCCAUCUGGCUCGGAUACUGGCGUGGACACACCUUUAAGUGCAGUUUCUGGAAUCGACAAUGCAGGCUUGAGACGCUCUGCUCGAGGUUCUUACAAGAGAAGAAGGGACCACAGUUCCUCUUGA